AUGAAGUUCAUUAUAGUUGAGGUGUUUACAGUAAUAUACGUAUUACAAAUAGCCAGAGCUGUAGAUUACCAUCAUCAUCAACAUCUUCCAGACCAAGCAGAGCAUCAGAAGAAACCUGUAAUCCCAAUUUUGAAAUACGAAACAGAACAAGACCAGAAAAGUUGGAGAUAUAGUUAUGAAACUGGAAAUGGAAUUCAUUCCGAAGAAGAAGGUUUUAUCAAGAAUUUUGGGAACGAAAAACACGAAUCGGUAGUUCAGCAAGGUUCUGUAACUUACCAUGAUGAACACGGUAACCCUAUCACUCUGACUUAUAUAGCUGAUGAGCAUGGAUUUAGAGCACAGGGUGAGCAUCUUCCUACAACUCCACCAAUACCAGAAGCCAUUCUAAGAACCGUAGAAGAAGGAUAUCAAGAAGAGCAGCAGCCUGUUGAGGAAAGUCCAGUAGUUGAUGGAGAAAAAACUGAAUAUGGACAAGAUACUCAUGAGCAAUCACAAUCUUAUAUAGAUGCACAGUCAGCAGAUUUGAAACAAUUUUUAUAUCUAAAUGGUGAAGCACACAAUCCACACAUAGGAUUUAAUAAACGUAAUGAUCAUGACUAA